UUUAGUAACUUCUGAAGAGCAGCCCACAUCGCCAUGAAGAUCUUCCAGGACAUACGAGCUAUAGCCAGACCGUCGCAGAUCUGUGCCCUUCUGCCAUUUUACAGUGGAGAUGACGAGGAGAGCUUCCGCUUGGGCAGACUGGGUCGCUGGUAUGGAUGUCUAGUGGCCUUGCUUAUACUGAUUAGCUCCGUAACAUUCGGCGACGACGUACUAUUCGCCUCCAGGGAGUACAGAUUGGUGGCCAGUGCCCAAGGUGACACCGAGGAAAUCAACAGGACAAUCGAAACUCUACUCUGCAUCAUCAGUUAUACGAUGAUGGUCUUGUCCAGUGUGCACAAUGCAUCCAGUCACUGUCGAACUCUGCGAGAUGUGGCCAAAAUCGAUGAGUAUCUUGUGGUCAGUGGUUUCUGUGAGAACUAUAGUUGCCGGAAAUUGGCCAUCCUGGUCAUCGCAGCAGCAGCGGGAGUACUUGCCGUGGCCUUCUACUAUAUUCAUUACCACAAUGGCAUUGGCUCCAAAAAGCAGGUCAUUCUGCUCGUCAUCUACUUCCUGCAGUUGCUAUACUCCACACUAUUUGCUAUAUAUCUGAGGAUUUUACUGAAGAAUUUGGCUUUAAGGAUUGGAUUUCUUAACCGAAAACUGGAUACAUUCAGCACCCAGGAUACUGGUAAUGUGGACAACUGGCGUGAGCUUAGUAAUCUUAUAGAAGUUCUCUGCAAAUUCCGCUAUAUCACCGAGAAUAUAAAUUCCGUGGCCGGAGUGGCCUUGUUAUUUUACUUCGGAUUCUCAUUCUACACUGUGACAAAUCAGAGUUACCUGGCCUUUGCCACCCUGACUGCCAUUUCAUCCAGUUCCAAGGCAGUAGUUGCUGACACCAUGGGUUUAUCCUGCGCCUGGGUUCUGGCUGAGACCAUCACGAUGGCUGUGAUUUGCAGUGCCUGCGAUUGCCUGGCAUCCGAGGCUAAUAGUACGGCACAAAUCCUUGCAAGAGUUUAUGGGAAGAGUAAGCAGUUCCAGAACCUCAUCGACAAGUUCCUUACCAAGAGCAUCAAGCAGGAUCUGCAGUUCACAGCCUACGGAUUCUUCUCCAUCGAUAACUCUACGCUUUUUAAGAUCUUUUCGGCUGUGACUACUUAUUUGGUUAUUCUCAUUCAGUUUAAGCAGUUGGAGGACUCCAAGGUGGAUGAAAUUAACCAGGCAUAAGAGUUUAGUUCAUCAUUAUUUACAAAGUUCAUUAAAUUACAGAGAAUCACAAUCAAUAUUUCAUAUAAUACCCUUAUCCUCCCCUAUUAAACUGCUUUCAUAAUCGUUAGAUUGACGUUUUCUUUAAAUUGAAUACUCCAUCUCCCUAUCAGUGGAAUGAGGAAAUUGGGUUUCUGUGUUUUGGUACCUAUAUAUCGAUGUUAAGUGGAAAACAGUACCUACACCAUAAUUUGUCUGGGAGUUACGUGAUAAAAAUCAAUAACAUGCUGACAGCUGCAAUUUUUCCAAUGCUCCUCCCUGGCUGGCAAACAAACAAACAUUGCAAUGCGUAGGGCUCAUCAAAUCAUGCUGUCGAGAGUUGAGAGAGUCCUGGGGAGAAUGCGCGGUGGAUGCCAAAGGGCAUGCCACGUGCAACUUAAACGCAUCAUUAAACUUUUGUCACAUUUCAGAAUGUGGCAACCUCAGACCAGAGGCACUCGAGCGUGUAGCCAAGAUGAAGUGCCAAACUAAUGAAGGAACUAUGGGGCAA